AUGGAGCACCACCCACCAUUGGAACCCGCUUCGCCCACCACCACUUCGCAGAGUCCCAGUCAGAAGACCAGUUCUGACUCAUUCGAGGACGCCCACCAGAUUGAUGAUCCGCCCAACGGCUUGUUCGUGGAGGAAGAUCACUUUAGCGUCCACUCUGACAUUGAUUUCCUGGAGGAUGUUGAUCUUCGAUCGAACCUAAGCAGGGAGGAGAGCAUAGAACUGGCCAUCACUCGGUACACCGCCUGCCUGAAUUCGCUGUCAACAAACGGCCAGCUGAGUGGGCGAGAGCUUGAGGAAAAGAAGAGAAAGAUUGUGAGACGCAUCUGUGAUCUAAAGGUGAAACUGGCCAAACUGCGAGAGGAGGAAGAGUUUGAAGACGCCUUGAAAGAACAGAAUGAAGACGGCUGUAAGGGUGAUCCCUCUGAGUCGUGUUCAGCCAUGGGAGUCACCGGUUUAUGGAAUUUAAUUGAAGACAGUGGUACCAAAGUAAAUAUUGAAACUCUCCGAGGCAAGGUUUUGGCCAUUGACUUGUCAAUCUGGAUCAACCAGUCAAUCAAAGGUUUCAGAGACAAAAAUGGAAAGGCAGUCGAGAAUGCUCACAUACUGGGUCUCUAUCAUCGCAUUUGCAAGCUUCUUUUCUAUAACAUACGACCAAUCUUUGUCUUCGAUGGCGAAUGUCCUACACUUAAGUCGCGCACCUUGGCAAAGAGACACGAGAAAACCCGUAAAGCGCUUGCAAAAUCAAAGAACAUGUCGCUGAAUGUUCUUGAGAAAUACGUGAACUCUCAGCUGGGGAACGACGACAAUUCAAGCGCUUUGCUUGCAGCGGCAAAAAGCAAACUUCGAUUAUCUGGCCAAAACUUGCUCUCCGAACUGUUUUUGCCGCCUAGAUCAGAUAACAGACAAGUAGAUAUUUAUCAAGAAUUUGUCGAGCUUAAUAAGCAGAUUUCAAAUCGAAUUGAUGAUAGCGAUUCUGAAGAAGGAGAAUCCAAUGCGGAUGACACUACGAAGAACAAUGCUGACAAUCAGGCAGAAGUUGAUGUGUCGUAUCAUGUUCCAAGCAAUCAACACAUUCGUGAUAUUGACAUAAAUUCUGAGCAUUUUAAAAAUCUUCCAGCCACAACUCGUUACGAGAUUUUAUUGGAAAUUCGAGAAAGCUACAAAGGGCGGAAAAAUCCAUUUCCUGAGAACCUUCCAUCAGAUUCAGAUGUCUUUUCGCAAUAUCAAAUGAGCAAAUUAUUGAAAAAGAGAAACUUGCAAGAGGAAAUCGACAAACUGAUCAAUGAACUGAACGGAAUCAACAACGAAGCAAAUAUUGAGCUAUUCGGCAAGUCAUCAUCUAUUGACUUUGGACUGCUAAGCACCAAGUACAAGGAAGUCGUCGGUGGCAGAUUAGCUUCGGAUGAACAUUCUCGAUUUCUGCUUUUUAAAACUUCUCAAUCUCAAAUUUGUGAACCUCCAAAUGAAAAGGAGUCCAAACACGAAAGUAGCAGUGAAGUAACGACUCAAUCGGAAAAGCAAAAUCUAGAACUAAGUUCUCAAAACUUUGCAUACUCAUUACCGAAUUCUCUGGUGGACAGUGGUGUUCAAAAUCUCUCCGAUUACAACCGCAUCGAGCACUUGUCGCAAGCAUCAACGUCCACUAAUACCACUGUUCAGUUUCAGCCUAAACAGUUAGUUGGUCAUCUCAAUGAAAAUGUUCAAAAGCUUACAAAGACCAAAGCUGCUCAAAACUCAACUUUGGAUUUAAGUGACGCUGAAUCUUCGACUUCUGGAAGCGAAGGCUUUGUCGAAGUGGAACCUUUAGAGGACUCCCAGUCAAGUGACUUUAGCCCUGUCAAAGACGAAUCUAAUGCCUUCUUAGAGUCACUUGAUCUGCCGUAUGACACCAGCUAUAACUUGCUGAUUAAUAUGGAAAAGGAUUAUCAAAAGGACGAUGAAUCAAACAUUUUGCCAGAGGCUACUCCUUCAGAUAGCAUUACCACCAGUAUUGAAAUUGCCCAUGAUUCUCUAAAAGAUAAUGAGCACCAAACAGAACCUGUGAUUCCCUUGUCAACAAACAGUCAAACUGAAAUGAACCCGAUACCAGAAGAAAAAGAAGAAGAAGAAGCAGUUCAACAAACAGUUGACGAUGUUGCUCUGCUGGAUUCUAAGAUGGAAAAUGUUGCAGACAAACCAGCGGUGGAUUCAGUGAAUGCGAGUCCAGCAGCACUAGCACCAGUGCAGAGUGAACAGUCUCAAAUUGCAAAGGAGCCGCCAAUAAUAAGUGUUGAAGAGCUGCUGCAGCAGGCGCAGGAAUCCAACAAAAUAUCUCGUCAGGCUGCCUCAGUGACCAAGCAGAUGGUGGACGACUGUCAGGAGUUGAUGCGCCUCUUUGGUGUCCCCUGGGUGGUGGCGCCCUCGGAGGCAGAGGCACAGUGCGCCGCACUGGAGCAGCUGGGACUGGCCGAGGGCGUCAUCACCGACGACAGUGAUGUCUUCCUCUUUGGUGGCAGUCGAGUGCUGCGCCACUUCUUCACCGACUCCAAAAUGAUCACGCAGUACCUGGUGGAGGACUUGCAGAAGUUCUUCGGAUUAGACCGCUCCAAGUUGAUCUGCCUGGGAAUGCUGUGCGGCACUGACUACACUCUCGGCAUUGACGGCAUCGGCCCGGUGACCGGACUUGAAGUGCUGAGCGAGUUUCCCGGUGACGAGCUGCAGCCGCUGCAAAAGUACGCUGAAUGGUACCGAGAGAAGCUGUACUCGCCUGAUGUCAGCGGGAAACCGGAAAAUCCCGUUCGUGCCAAACUACUCAAAUUUUCCCUGCCUCAAACCUUUCCCAGUCGAGUCAUCUUUGAUGCAUACUACAGUGCUAAUGUGGACAGCUCUAAGGAGGCUUUCAGCUGGGCAUCACCGCAGCUUUCAGAGCUCCGCCGAUUCGCCAAGUCAAAGUUUGGUUGGAGCGAGCCCAAGUCUGACGCCAUUCUUCUACCCGUUCUGAAGAAUUUAAACGAAAAGAAGACUCAAACUCGAAUCGAUUUCUUCUUUUCAUCCUUUUCAAAGAAUUCAGCAGUCGCUGAAAAGUUGAACAUAAAGAAAAGCAAACGCUUUAAAGCUGCAAUUCAAAAUAUACAACAGCAAAAGACGGAAGUGAUAGCGAACAAUGAGCCGAAAAGAGGCAAAAAGCGACAGCUGAAGAAAAACAGAACAACAGCGUCCACUUCAAAAGCAAACACUUUGGUGCUUUCGGAAGAAUCUUCCAGUAGUGAUGAUUCGAACUAA